CGCAGCACCCCCCGGGCGGGGCGGCCGGAGCCCCGCGGCGCCCGCGGCGCCCGGGCUCCGCCAUGGCGCUCGGGCAGGAUGGCGUCGAGCCGCCCGUGCCGCCUGUCAUGCAGCGGUCCAUGCUCGCCCCGCAUGGGCCGCAGCUGCGGCCGCGGUACGACCAAGAGGACGAGUGGGAGGAGUUCUGCGAGCGCACGGACUUCGCCAAGGUCCACGACUUCGGGCGCUACUGGUGGCGGUACGGGCGCGACGAGGACGACGACGGGUACCUGAGGGAGGCCGUCUUCCUGGAGGUGCCGAUCCGGAAGGACGCGGAGGCCAAAACCGUCCGCGCCAGUCUCACGACGCGCCAACUCACGAUCACCGUCGGCGGCGAGACGCUGCUCGACGAGGAGUUUGAGGACCCCAAGUGGCUGAAUGUGGGCGAGUCUUUCUGGGAGAUCGAGGUCAAGGAGGUGAAGCACGUGCGCCGCAAGGUGCUCAGAUACACGCUCUACAUCCUCAUGAACUGCCCGAAAUACAUCACUCAGUGGCUUUUCUUGUCCGAGAAGACAGAGGACGAUGGCCGCCUCGUCGACCAGAAUGACGAGGAGGAGGACAACAUAGAUGACCGGCUCAGGCUGAUCGCCAGAAUGAAGGAGCCCGAACCAUACAGGGACGCGGACAUCUGGUUCAGCGAGACCGAGGAGGAGGAGGAGAGAUGGUGCGAUGGUUGCGGUUCUACUCGCGUGGUCGUGAUGAAGAAGCACAAUGACGCGAGGUACAUGAAGUACUGCAACGACUGCCCCUUCGUCUCGCCGGCGAAGGAGAACCCUCUGCCCACAGGCCUCAUGAGGCAGAAGGACAUCGACGAGAGGCGCGCGAGGAAGAAACGCCUGAAGGCGAGGAGGGAGGAGGCCAGGAGAAGGCUGGAGGCGGAGCGCGAGAGGGCCGCGGGCGAGCCGGACAGGACCGAGGAGGCCACCUCCAGAGCCGCGGAGAAGACACGGGUGUACAACCACGAGGAUUUUUGCGAGACGCUGACGGAGGCCCUGCGGUCCGGCGACAUCAAAUGGGAAGACUAUUGAGCCCGCCGUACCGCUCGAUCCCCCACUCCAUUCCUCCUGCCGCUUUCCCUCCUCCUCCUUUUCUGCUUCCUCUCUCUCUCCCUCUCUCCGGAGUCGCCCCUCCUUCCCCCCACCCCAAGCGCUGUUAAGAGCCCGGGCCCGCGCGCGGCCCCACCCGCGCACCGCGGGCAAGGCGCGCCGUUGGACGCGGCCGCUCGAGGAAGAGACAUCAAAAGAGGCGCGGGCGGACUCUGCGCGGUCCCCGCCACCACAGGCGUUGUCUCGUCUAGGGACCUUGUUGACGCCGACAUGGGUCAUGGGUUGGCGGAUUAUCUUGAUCGUCCCUAGCGCCGCCGAGGAGGCCGCGGCCUGAAAUCACCCCCCUUGCAUAAAUUCCAAAGUAAUUCGUGCCCUAGCAAAGCUGAAAUGUAGCCGGCCCCUCUGCGGCGUGGCGAGUUUUUUUUUGUUUCUUUUUUUCAACAGAGCCGACAGCUUUCCUGCGUGCGUGAGUAGCUUGAGCCUUAGCGCGCCAAACUGUCGCGAGCGCCAGUCUGCUCUAGCGUAGCCAACGCGAGCUUCAAUCCGAUUCGACUGCGGAUCUCUGUGAGCGUGAUUGUUGGAUCAUGCAUUGCGCGAGCUUCGGCUCCUGGCUUUUUUUGGUUGUCGCUUGUAUGAUGCGCGCGCCCCGACGCGGGCGCCUGCGUCUGCUCUGGCCGGCUUGCGUGGGCCUCGCAAUUUUAUUUGCCAGUCUAGAGUUCCCUCGUUUUUUUUUUUUCGUUUGCUCGGCCUCUCCGCGUUCUUCGCGCGCGCGGGCAUCCAGCGGGAUCGCCUUGCAGAUGCCGGCGGCGCGAGCACUUCCUCCGCCUAUUUUUUGUCCCCCC